AUGUCUUCUCUCAAGGGCCCUGCUCCUCAGCACCACGACGGCUCCGGCCUUCGCAUCGGCAUCGUCCACGCCCGCUGGAACACCACCAUCAUCGAGCCUCUCCUGGCCGGCACAAAGGCGAAGCUGCUGGAGGCCGGCGUCAAGGAGUCCAACAUUGUGAUUCAGUCUUGCCCGGGCUCGUGGGAGCUCCCCAUUGCUGUUCAGCGACUAUUCUCUGCCUCUCAGAUUCAGUCCAAUGCUUCCGGCGCUCCCUCAGCCACCGAUCUCCUCGGUGCUUCGACUCACGACCUAACCGCUCUCUCCGCCGGCGACUCCAGCGGACCCUUUGACGCAAUCAUUGCCAUUGGCGUGCUCAUCAAGGGCGAGACCAUGCACUUUGAGUACAUUGCCGAUUCCGUCUCCCAGGGCCUCAUGCGCGUCCAGCUCGACAUCGGCAUCCCCGUCAUCUUCGGCGUUCUGACCGUGCUCACUGAGGAGCAGGCAAAGUCCCGCGCGGGUAUUAGCACGAGCGCUGAGGGCAAGGGCCACAACCACGGAGAAGAUUGGGGCCUAGCGGCUGUGGAGAUGGGCGUCAAGAAGAACGAGUGGGCAACCGGAAAGAUCCAGGGCUAA